UAGGGUACGCCAUGUGUAGAAUUGAUGAUGUUUUACGUUAAAGCUGGUAUGGUUUAUUUUCCAUUAAAAAACAGCAUAUGGAUUUAACGUUGUAAACAAUAAGAAUUGCUGUAAUUUAUUAAUUUUGUGUCAUGUGUAUCGUUUAACGUUUAAGUUAUUGAAAAUAUAACAUGUUGAGAGUUCUGCAUGUGUUGAUUUGAAGAUUCCUUACAAUGUUUACUGCUUUAAAGAAAUUAGUCAGUAGCAAUGAUUCUGUUGGAAUUAAAGGGCAACCUCCGCCUGGUAUGCAGGCUAUGGGACAGAGCCUACAAAGAAAAUUUGCAAGAGGAGUUCAGUAUAACAGUUAUGAAAAUUAUCAUUAAGGGGGAUCGAAAUGUAGGAAAAAGUUGUCUCUUCCUUAGAUUACAGGGUCAAAAAUUUAAAGAAGAAUAUAUACCUACUGAAGAAAUACAAGUAACAAGUAUUCAGUGGAAUUAUAAAGCAACAGAUGAUGUCGUGAAAGUUGAAGUAUGGGAUGUGGUGGAUAAAGGAAAGAAAAGAAAAAAAAUUGAGGGACUUAAAUUGGAUAAUUCAGUUAUUGAAUCGGCAGAAAAACCUGCACUUGAUGCUGAGUUUAUAGAUGUAUACAAAGGAACAAAUGGUGUUAUCAUGAUGAUGGAUAUCACUAAACAAUGGACCUUUGCUUACGUUCAACGAGAAAUCCAAUUAGUUCCUCUUCACAUUCCUAUAUUAGUGUUGGCCAAUCACAGGGACAUGGGUCAUCACAGAACAGUGACGGAAGAUCAAGUUAGAUAUUUUAUCGAAGGCCUUGAUAGACCCGAAGGUAGUGCUCAGAUAAGAUACGCCGAAGCAUCAAUGAGAAAUGGAUUUGGUUUGAAGUUCCUUCAUAAAUUCUUUAAUUUACCAUUUUUGCAAUUACAGAGAGAGACAUUAUUAAAACAACUUGAAAUAAAUUCUCAGGAGAUUAACGCAACUUCAGAAGAAUUAGAUUUCUUACAAGAAUCUGAAGACCAAAAUUAUGAUCUCUUUUUAGAAGCGUUAACAAAUAGAAGACGGCAAGUGGCAGAACAGUUGUCGCAGCCGGUCAAACCAAACGAGAUACAAAAUGGUCUCCCACCAAGUUCUUCCAUACCUAACUUUGUGAAUCAUCAGGCUACUACUCAGUCUGUCAGUUCACCAACCGGAACGCCAAGAAGUGUUUCUGUACCGGUCAGUUUAAAUCAGACGGUUAAUUCUACGGUCUUGCCAUCGACAAAUGUACAGCAGCCUCAGUUAUCUAGUCCAUUGCCUUCUGUGGAACAAAAACAGGAAAGUUUUAUAUCACGGUUAUUUAGUAAAUCAUCAAAUAAUGUUAAUACUAAUACUAAUACUCCGGUUGUAGAAGAAACUAAAAAUGAGCCAAUUCCAACAACUUCCGAUCAGCCUGUACAAAGAGUAGAGGAUUUUGUCCCCGAGGACUUAGAUUAUUCUUUUAAUUCUUUCUUAGAAGAGGCUGCUAUGUCUAAACUGGAAAUAGAUACUGGUAUGCCUGCUGUCGAAGAGGAAAGUGAAAGUGAAGGAGAGACUGUUAAUCCCAUGGUAGCAGAAUUUCAAGAUGAUUUAGAUCCAGAAGAUAGUUGUGGUAUAGUUAAUAAUUUCUCCAUAGACACUAGUGCCAUUGAUAACGAUAAAAGCAUCAGUAGUGACGAAGAACCAAUAAAAACGAAAGAAAAUGAUAAAAAUAUUACUGAAACGCCACCAGUUGCCGUUCCUGUCUCAACGUCGGAUAUCCCAUCGAAUGUGUCAGAAAAUGCAACAAAUACGUCAAAUGAAAUAAGUACUCCUUCAACUUUGCCAGUAGUACCAUGUUACGGACUUGAAAAUGAAGACUUAAGUAUUCUAGAAAAAGGUUAUCUUUUCUCAAAGAAACCAACAAAUGGAACAACAAGCGUUCCCAGCAGAUCUUCUACCAGCGCAACCACCGAAGGAUCGGAAGCGGUGAGUGAAGACUCCACCACCACUAGAAACUUGCAGCACAAAGAAAAAAACAAGGGAAAAGGACACCGGAAAGUGCAUAAACACAAGAAACAGAAAGACAAGGAAUUUGAUCACUCUGGCAAGAAGGAAAAGAAGAAGAAAAAGAAACAAAAGCAGGAAGCGGGAGGAGAAAUGGACAGUUCUUCCGACCUGGACAGACUGGAAGAAUUUCUCGGAUCUAGCGCCGACCACCCCGGAGGACCAGAGAUGUACGAAACCAUCUGAAGGCCAAGAGGAAAACGGAGCCGGAAGAGUUGCCUCUUUUGUCUUUGCGAGAGCAAUGUUUUUCUUGCUCUCGAGCUCCGGUCGGACAGAGAAUCGGUUGCAUUUUCCGAAAUUUCCAAUGACUGAUGUUUGCUGUAAAAAGAAUUUUUAAAAAUUAACUAAAAAGAAAAAAACAUUGUGUAAUAUAAUUUCAAAUAUGUAAACUUAAAAACAUUAUAUGCCAUUAUUUGUGUAAAUAAAACAGUGAAUUGGAUUGAUAAGAUGUGCUACUUAUGUUUUUAAUUAAAAAAUAAUAAUUUCUUUUGCCAUUUAAUGACAAACUGUUGGUGUACAUAAAUAUUAUUUUAAAGUUGUCCUGUUAUUCUCGGAUGGCAAAUGUAAGAUUUAUAUAGUGCUCUUAAGGAAAGAGAAAGUUAAAAUAUUUAAAUAUUGUAUAAUAGAUGUUUAAUCAUUUAAAUUUAAUAAGAAAUGUUCACUAGGGGGAAAUUAAAAAUUAGUAUAUAGGUCAAUUUCGAGAAUAUAAAUUCAUUUUGGACUCUAUUGCAAUCUGAUAAAUUUGCAUUGUCUUUCAUGGGAAAUAGCGGCUCAUUUGUAUAAGUUGCCUUACAAUUUCGUCCAGUUUUAAGACAAAAACGAAAAAAAAAAAUUUACGAUUUCGGGUUUAUAUUAGUCGAAUCCCGAGACGACUUCUGCUAAGAUUAAACUGUACUUGGGGGGGAAAAAAAGAAACAACAUAGUACUGUUUUAUUAUGUAUAAUGUUAGCCCAAUUUAAAAACUUUAUUCAUGUCUGAAAUUGUAAAGGAAGAAAAUAACUACACCUGCCAAUUAUUUUGUUGAUGUUUUAUUGAAAAACUAUUUUCAGAUUUUAAACUAAUCCUUCCACUUUUAAAUGUAAUUGAAAUAAAGAUUUAUUUACAAUUUACUUCU